AUGCAUACUCACACCAUUGGAUACCGCAACAAGCCUCGCCUGGAGCUGGCACUCUACGCACGCCCGAAACAUCCGAACACUUACCACUGGGCAAUAUUCACUGCUCCAAAGAGUUCAAAAGGGAAACCCUCUCGAUCAGUCACAAAACGACACCUUCUGAACACGCUACAGAAUAUCGACGGCGUAGUCAGUCAGCCUUGGCGAUAUGAGCGGAUUUCUAUCAAGGACUACACUUCUGAGAACCAUCUUCUAGCACGGAUCGUCGUUGGGAAAGUCUUAACACUGAACCCGGAAAAUGAUAUCGAACAGUCUCUCGGGCCGCUACCGAUUUAUCAGGAGGACGACGAGGAUCAAGCCAAGGCCAAUCUUUUUGGAUGUUAUGCUUGGUGUCGGGCUGCUGUGGAGCAACUCGGGAAAGACGAUGUUGUGUCCUUGAAGGGCAGCUGGGAUGAACUGGAACUUGGGGCGUUGAAGUUUGUGGAAAAGAAGAAAGCAGACGGUCGAUGGAAUGGCGAGUGGAAGGGGCCUGCAGGUGUGCCGAUGUUCGAUCUAUUCACCCAGACCGAGAUCAUGGCAUAG